GACAGCUUCUGGGGAGAGAGGGCCGCUUUUGUUACCCCACAUUGAUAUAACACAACGGCGCCUGCGGGUAAUUCGCCUGACUGGCUUGCUACAGUGGACCUUGCUUUGUUUGUUGUAUGGCUGACCUGGCCCCGUUUCCUCUUCUCCCCGGGCCUGGAACAUGGUGCCGGCGGUGGCGGCUCGGGGGGGUAGUCACGACCCCAUACUACUUACCUCUCCGUGCUACUAUCGCCGUGGGUUGACGGAUAAUACUCCCAGAACUAAUCAGGGCCGUCCAGUCCCGCCGUUUGACUCGGUGCAUGUACUUCCUAUAUAAUAAAGCUACCCACGCGCCCCCGUGGAUGAUGUCCACAUGCAUCCUGCGCGACGCAACCUGACCAUCUCGAGUUGACUGUCGACCUACCCGUGGUACUCACUUAUUAGUUUACUACCCUUGGGCGCCACCUCUUUUACCGGCUCCUGCCCCACCUUCGCCCAUCGUCAUCCAAGUCUGGUGUCCGACUCCCAGUCCCUUAUUAUUAGGCUGCUCCUUCGUCGAGCCCGCCUUUCUCGGCACACUCUCUCAUAUUCUCCCUGCCUAUAUAUAUCUCCCCCUACCGCACCGGCGAACUACACACACACACACACACACACACUACACACACAAUGAGUCCCUCGGCAACAGAGGGCGGGGCGCAGAACGGGCACACCAGCGUCAUGGCCUCCAAGGCGAACAUUGGCGUCUAUACCAACCCCGCUCAUGACCUGUGGAUAAAUGAGGCCGAGCCGACACUGGAGAGCGUGCAAAAAGGCGGGCAAGACUUGCGACCAGGACAGGUCACAGUGGCUAUCAGGAGCACGGGUAUUUGCGGAUCAGAUAUACACUUCUGGCACCACGGGUGCAUCGGGCCGAUGAUCGUGGGCGGCGACCACAUCCUGGGCCACGAGUCGGCGGGCGAGGUGAUCGCGGUGGCGGCGGACGUGACGAGCCUCAAGGUGGGCGACCGCGUGGCGGUGGAGCCGCAGGUCAUCUGCGGCGAGUGCGAGCCGUGCCUGACGGGGCGGUACAACGGGUGCGACAAGGUCGACUUCCUGUCGACGCCGCCGGUGCCGGGGCUGCUGCGGCGCUACGUCAACCACCCGGCGGCGUGGUGCCACAAGAUCGGCAGCAUGUCGUGGGAGAACGGCGCGAUGCUGGAGCCGCUGAGCGUCGCGCUGGCGGGCAUCAAGCGCGCGCAGAUCACGGUCGGCGACCCGGUGCUGAUCUGCGGCGCGGGGCCCAUCGGGCUCAUCAGCCUGGCCGUCGUCAAGGCCGCGGGGGCGUGCCCUAUCGUCAUCACGGACAUUGACGAGGGCCGGCUGGCGUUCGCGAGGGAGUUCUGCCCGUCGGUCAUCACGCACAAGGUCGAGCGGCUGUCGGCCGAGGACUCGGCCAGGGCCAUCGUCGAUUCCUUUGGCGGCGUCGAGCCGGCGGUGGCGAUCGAGUGCACGGGCGUCGAGAGCAGCAUCAACGCGGCCAUCUGGGCCAGCAAGUUUGGCGGCAAGGUGUUCAUCAUCGGCGUCGGGCGCAACCAGAUCAACAUCGAGUUCAUGCGCGCCAGCGUGCGCGAGGUCGACAUCCAGCUGCAGUACCGCUACUCCAACACGUGGCCGCGGGCCAUCCGGCUCAUCGAGAACGGCGUCGUCGACCUGUCCAAGCUGGUCACGCACAAGUUCCCGCUCGAGGACGCGCUCAAGGCCUUCAACACCUCUGCCGACCCCAAGACCGGCGCGAUCAAGGUCAUCAUCCAGAGCCUGGACUAGGAUUCUGUAGGGCGGGCGGUGGCGUGUGUUGUAAUAAUGAGACAAAUUAGAUCCAAACACAUGAAUGCUGUACUGUGCAAUCUGAGCUGGGUUGGUUGUUGGCAAGUCAUCAUCUCUGUUGGCCAAGCCUCUGUGCACUCCGAGUCGUUGGCAGUUGCACAAUGGAUGAGUGACUCGAGCAUCGGCAGUCAAGACGCCGAGUUCUCUCCGGUUGCCGAAUCGAAACCCACUCAUACACUGUCAGUAGUAGUAUAGCUAAAUAAGUGCCACAUCGCAUUUUUUACUA